AUGACCACUGUCACGCAACGUCAGGCCCCCGGCGACCCUCCUCGGGGAGGGCCUGCCGCGGUGGCAGUGCCUCGCUCCCUGAAAACUGGGCCACAGCUUACUGGAUUCAUCUCGCGUCGGAGAGCUGCUCCAAAUUUAAAGGUUGUGUGGAAUGAAAUUACAAAAUAUUUCCGAGCAGGCAUGCCAUUAAGGAAACACAGGCAACAUUUCAAAAAACAUGGAAGCUGUUUUACUGCAUCAGAAGCUGUAGACUGGCUCCAUGAAGUAUUAAGAAGUAAUAGUAACUUUGGUCCUGAAGUUACUAGACAGCAGACUAUUCAGUUAUUAAGAAAGUUCCUCAAGAAUCAUGUAAUUGAAGAUAUAAAAGGGAGAUGGGGAUCUGAAAAUUUAGAAGACAAUGGUGCACUGUACAGAUUUCCUUCAGCAUCUCCAGUUAAACCUCUGCCAAGCUCAUGUCCACCAAAAGAGAACUUGGAAAACUUCUCUAGAGACAAAGAAAGACUUUUUAAAUUGCCUCAUUUAUCCAGAAGAGCUUUUAAAAAACAUGAGUUACUACAGUCUCUGGAAAAUUUAGAAAAAGUAAAACCUGAUAGAACAGAAGAAAACAAGGAAGGCACACUGCCUAGGAAGGAAAUAAGCCAGGAAUAUGUGCAAGAAACUUGGAGAAAUAUCAUUCUAAUACAUUUGCAAACCAUUUUAGGACUACCAUCUUUGGAAGAAGUUUUGCAGCCAACACAGGUAGUUCCUGAGUAUGUCAUAUACAACAUGACUAACACAAGCAAACAUGGUGUUGUUAUUUUGCAGAACAAAUCAGAAGACCUCCCUCACUGGGUGUUGUCAGCUAUGAAAUGCCUCGCAUACUGGCCUAGAAAUAAUGACAUGAGCCAACCAACUUACAGUGGGUUUGAACGGGAUGUAUUCAGAACGGUUGCUGAUUACUUUAUCAAUCUCCCUGAACCAUUGCUUACAUUUGAAUACUAUGAACUUUUUGUUAAUAUUUUAGUUAUGUGUGGCUACAUCACAAUUCCAGAUAUAUACAGUGGAAAACAUUCUGUCCGAGAUGAGAAAUGUGACCCACAGUCUUCCAAAAUUCUUCACUUGAACUCUUUCAAGUCAACUGAGUGUCUUCUUCUAAGCCUACUUUGCAAAGAACCUGACAAAAAAGAGUAUGAAGCGUCCAGGAAGCUGUCUUCAGAAGAGCUAACUAUUGAAAAACAAUGUGCAAAGAAAUUGCAGCAAUAUAAACUGACAUAUAAACAAGGUGGUGCUCAUAAUCUAAUAGGAGGAAGUUGUCAAAAUCUUUCAGGUUUCAGGAACGAACAAGAGCCAGCUCAAACAUUUAGGGCAAGAUGUUACUCUUUGGAAAGAAUCGGAGGUACUAUUUCAAGCGUAUGUAAUAAAGGAGAAUCCAAUUCCUUCAAGCAAAAUGAUGUGAACAGCAUCCUGGGCACAAGAAAUGGAAAACAACCAUAUGAGCAUAAAGCUAAUUCUGUGUUGGAGCUUGAUUUUGAUAACACGUGUCAAAAAGAAACCUAUGGUAUCAAGAGAGUCUCUGCCUCAACUCUUCAGGAUAAAGAGUUGUUUAAUGAAAAUCACAAGUCGAAGCAAAUAUGUAGGUCUCCGAUUUUGCUUGGCAAGAGGAGCUCCAAAAGUUGCACUAGCAUUAAUAUACCAGUUGCUGAAAUCACAGUAAAGCCAAGGCCUCAACUUUGUGGGCAAGGAAAACCAAAUACCUCUGGUGCGUCUACUUCAAUGGACAUGAGGACUGAGGUUUCUGAUAUCACCGUCAAUAAAAGACUCUGCAAAAGUACCCUAGAACUCUCAGAAUACUCUUUCACUCACUCUUCCUAUAUGUUGACUGGCACGCAAAAUCUCCUUCAGCCUCAUUUAGAAAGAAUUGCUGUCGAAGCACUACAGAUAUGUUGUUUGUUGCUUCCACCACCAAAUCGUAGAAAGAUUCAGCUCCUAAUGCGUAUGAUUUCUCGGAUCAGUGAAAAUGUUGACAUGCCGCGACUGCAUGACGAGAUGGGCACACGUUCUUUGAUGAUACAGACUUUUUCUCGAUGCGUGCUAUGCUGUGCAGAAGAAGUAGAUCUUGAUGAGCUACUUUCUACACGAUUAGUUUCAUUUCUAAUGGACCAUCAGCAAGAAAUAUUUAAAGUACCAACUUACCUGCAGGUUGCAGUGCGAGAUCACAUAGAAUACUUGAAGAUGGCUCAGUGCAAAUAUCCAAAGGAAGACAUUUGUGCCAUCUUGCCAACAUAUUCAUACUGCAAACAGAUAACUCCUCAGGAGUUUGAAGAGCAAAAGGUUUCUACCUCUCAAGCUGCAGUGGCAGAGCUCUUGGAGAACAUUAUCAAAGAUAAAAGCUUGUCUGUGAAAGACAAAAAGAAAAAGUUAAAACAG